CGUCCGAGGACAGAGCUGUACAGAGAAGACUGAACGCUGUGCUAGCAAGAAUGGCUGUCUCUCCAAUCACUAUGGUGAUUAUCGCAAGCGGGCUUCUAGCAACGGCUUCGGGUGGCUACGACCAUUCCUGCUGGGAUACGCCGCUCGCUAUUUUCGACCUCAAACAGACUCUGGACUGCGGCUACAACGCAAUAGCUUGGUCGCUGUGGAUCCCUCCCGAUGGACAUGCUUACUGUCAACGCGACAGCUUCGAUAAAUCCGACGAAGGCGACUUUGUCUGCUACUCUGAAAACACGACGGAGCGCUGCGGCAAGAAGCGAUACCAGUAUGUAGCCGUAAGUGGAGAGAACUACCUGGAGAGGGACCUCGGCCACGGCGUCAAAUCCCAGUCUAUGAUAUUGGACACCGACAACUGCAAGUAUCUGGUUCAGCGAGAGUGCUACGACGAUGGUUCUGUGUGGCACUACGUGACGUACAAGGGCACGUGGACGCAACCCGAAAUCGACCGCUUCAUCUCACGAGUACAGACCGAACCAGGACUUCACUUCCUCAGACCAUACUCGUUUUUGUGCCCUCUGGGAAUACCGUGAGAGGGAGCCAAUCAUCUUCGUGCGGGAACAGCUGUGUCAUCUCUUUUCAAAAGCCGUGUGGCGUUUCAAAGCUACUUGAGGGGAAAAAAAAAGAAA